ACCAACACACCGACUUUGGACAAAAAAAAGGGGGGAAAAAUAACGUGCCGGUGCUCCCGGUUAAUGGCCGCCGUUGUGUAGCGUAACAAUGUUGCCGACAACACGGUCUGCGCCACUCUGCCGAGCGAGCGGUUGUGGAUCUGACGGUCCGUCGGUGAUGCAGAUUGAGGACAUGUGGAAAGGCAACUUUCCCGCGAGGACUUGAGGAGGGUCGAGUGAUUUUGCAGAAGGAAAGGCAUGACGCUGUAGGAGGCCGCUUUAUGAAGCAGCUGGGAAAAGCAUAAUGGAGGAGGCAGCAAACCAGCUUGAGAGAGACCAUGUGCACAGUGUGUAUGAGAAGAUUGCUCCAUAUUUCAAUGACAGCCGUUACAAAGCCUGGCCCAAGGUACGCCAGUUCCUUCUGGACCAGCCUCCAGGGAGCAUCAUCGUUGAUGUGGGCUGUGGUAAUGGCAAAUAUCUCCACAUCAAUAAAGAGGUGUUCAAGCUGGGAUGCGAUGUUUGCCGCCCCCUGGUGGACUUUGCCUGGAGUCAAGGACAUGAGGUCCAGAUGUGUGACAGCCUCCAUCUGCCUUAUCGGGACAACUGCUUUGAUGCUGUGCUCUCAAUUGCAGUCAUUCAUCAUUUGUCCACCAAAGAGCGCCGAAUUCGAGCAAUAAAGGAGAUGGCACGCACUCUGCGUGUGGGAGGACGCAUUAUGAUCUAUGUAUGGGCCAUGGAACAAAAGCAUCGUAAAUUUGAGAAGCAGGACAUCUUUGUUCCCUGGAACCCCAAUCCCCAUUCCCCCUCCAGCUUCAACAGGGAGCACACCAAAUCCAGGAGGAGGGGUGCCACGCAAAGUGUGGGUGAAGUCAUAGACAGCACUGACAAGCACAGGAAGGUGAAAAGCACAUCUUCCAUGACUGUAAAAAAAGACAUAGCAGGCACCACACGGCAGCAGAAAACCCAGAGACUGUGGUUCUUCUCUAGGUCCCUGGAUUCUGUGUUUGACUUUGGAAGCUUAGCCAUCUCCUGGUCAUCCUACAGAGAACUGAGCACUUUAUCAUCUCCUACAGGAGAAAUCCAAGGAAACAAGGGUGGCCAACAUGGGAGAGGACGAGGCCUUAUCAAGCAGGUCUCCAGCUUCUUUUCCCCCCCGUCUAUAAUAAAUUCGGAGGAGGAUGUCUUUGACUCGGUCACGGAGGGACCAAGGGGACAGAAGGAAGCUGGAGGCAACAGUACCACCACCAAAUAUGGAAACCAGGAUGUCUCUGCAGCCACAUUCCAGGAGUGUGGUUCUCUGGCACUGCCAGAUCUGGUUCCCUGCCAGAAGGAGUAUCUUGAGCAGCCUGAUGAAAGAGAGAAUAAUAAAGAUGCGCAGGGAAAUGGGCAAGAACAAGAAAGCACACAGAAUCCUCAGGAGAGUGAUGGGCAGAUGGAAGGCUCCUGCCUAAGGUACUAUCACGUCUUUAGGGAGGGGGAACUUGCAGAGCUGAUCAAGAAUCAUGUACAGGAGCUUCAUGUCACACACACCUACUUUGACCAUGCCAACUGGUGUGUCGUGGCAGAGAAAAUUCAGGUUUGGAAAACAUAA